CGGAAGUGUCUUCCUGAUCCACCUAGCCUACAUCACUUUGACUGAAGCAGGUUUGACUGCAGAUUUUUAUUAUUUUAGUUAACGAAAAGACUACCUCGCCUUUUAUUCUGUCCUUUUUAAAUUAUUUAUACGUCUUGAAGGAUCUCUGGCUUGUCAGAUAAGGUAUUUCAAUAAUGCAUCUACUACUUUUGUAACAGAGCAGGAUCUCUAGCACUAGCAGAUAACGUAGUUAGCUAGCAAAUUGUUACCACCCAUGUAGGUUCGAGAGUGGAGACUGAGUGACGUAUGGAUCCGCUAGCGGGUUUAUGCGCUCUUCUGUUAUGAUUCAGGGAAAUCUACUGUCUAUGGAAUCAAAUCAGGAUUGAUGCCGCGCACAUCCACUGAUCUUUAUACCGAAAGAAACGGCUUAGGCUUUCAUAGAGACGUGUCUUCUAUCGCGUUUGCACACUCUUCUAAAUAGCUAGCUAGUUGAUUUUGCGUUGUGCCUGCUGUAAACAUCCACAUCCGUGAAAAAAGCUCGACACGCCUAUUUGAGCUAACAACAAGCAAAUGCAGCAAAAUUUCCCCCUGCACUGAUGUUAAGUUGUGGAGUCUCCCCCUGCACCAUUCGGAAAUAUACUACAACUUUUCGUUGUAGCUAUUGUUAGAUGGUGUGUUGCCAUGAGGGAAUAAGGUCUUAUUUGGCGGCUGUCACGCAGACUGAGCCACCAUGGCAUCAGCGGUCCAGCCAAAGACAGUCCCCACCUCAGGCGACGGGGCCUCCUCGGUCCUAUCUCCAGAGAAGGCCCACUACACUUCUGAUCGCUAUGCUGGCCUCAUUUUGGCGCAGAUGAACAAGAUGCGGCUCCGCGCCGACUUCUGCGACGUGCAGCUGCGCGUCGGGGGCCGUGCUUUUCGCGUACACAGGCUGGUCCUUGCGGCUAGCAGCCCGUACUUCUCCGCACUCUUCUCUGGAGGCAUGAACGAGGUCAACAAGAAGGAGGUGGAGAUCAUGGGAGUGGAGGCUGAAGUCUUUCAGAUUCUAUUAGAGUUUAUUUACACAGGCAUGAUAGAUGUGACUGUUGACAACGUGCAAGAGUUGAUUGUGGCUGCAGACAUGCUACAGCUGAAUGAGGUGGUCACCAUCUGCUGUGAGUUUCUCAAGGCCCAGAUGGACCCGUCAAACUGUGUGGGUAUCUAUCAGUUCCUGGAGCAGAUCGCCUGCAUGGACAUGCUGGAGUUCACAGAGAACUACAUCUAUGUACACUUCCUGGAGGUGUGUGUGGCUGAGGAGUUCAUGGGCCUAUUGAAGGACCAGCUGGUGAAGCUGUUGAGGAGUGAGGAGCUGAGGAUCGAGGAUGAGUACCAGGUGUUCACCGCUGCUAUGGACUGGGUGCUGCAGGACGUGGCCAAGAGGAAGAAAUAUGUGGUGGAGGUGCUGGACCCUGUGCGCUUCCCCUUGCUUUCUCCACAGCGCCUUUUCAAGUACAUUGAGGGCAUUUCUGAUUUUAGCCUGCGGGUGGCACUGCAGACUUUGUUGAAGGAGUACACCGAGGUCAGCAAGUGCCCAAAAGAGAACAAGAUCUUCAGUAUGCUGCAGCCAGCCAAGACUCGGCCUAGACGAAAGGCCAGGAAAUAUCUCUAUGCGAUUGGGGGCUAUACUCGGCUGCAGGGAGGCCGUUGGAGCGACAGCCGCGCUCUGAGCUGCGUGGAACGCUUCGACUCCUUCAGCCAGUACUGGACCACCGUCUCCUCCCUGCACCAAGCUCGCAGUGGGCUGGGCGUGGCUGUGCUGGAGGGGAUGAUCUACGUAGUGGGAGGCGAGAAGGACUCCAUGAUAUUUGAUUGCACCGAGCGUUAUGACCCCGUUACCAAGCAGUGGGCGGCUGUGGCUUCGCUAAAUUUCCCACGCUGUGGAGUGGGUGUCUGCCCCUGCCAUGGAGCCCUCUAUGCACUGGGUGGCUGGGUUGGAUCGGAGAUCGGCAAGACCAUGGAACGGUACGAUCCGGCGGAGAAUAAAUGGGAGAUUAUCGGAAGCAUGGCAGUCCCACGUUACUAUUUCGGCUGCUGUGAACUACAGGGGUUCAUCUAUGUGAUCGGAGGAAUCAGUGACGAGGGCGUGGAGCUGCGGUCUGCGGAGGUGUACGAUCCCAUCUCCCGCCGCUGGAGCGCCCUGCCCGUCAUGGUCACGCGGCGGGCCUACGUGGGCGUGGCCAGCCUCAACAACUGCAUCUACGCUGUGGGGGGCUGGAACGAGGCUUUGGGUUCCCUGGAGACAGUGGAGAAGUACUGCCCCGAGGAGGAGAAAUGGGUAGAGGUGGCCCCGAUGAGUGUGCCACGAGCAGGGGUGUCGGUGUCUGCGGUCAACGGCCUGCUGUACGCGGUGGGGGGACGCGCCUCCAGCCGGGACUUCUCUGCCCCGGUGACGGUGGACUCGGUGGAGAUCUACGACCCGCACCUGGACACCUGGACGGAGAUCGGGAACAUGAUCACCAGCCGCUGUGACGGGGGGGUGGCCGUGCUCUGAGGGCAGGAACUGACGGCAUUCCUCCUCACCCCCCCCGUCCAUCACCAAAACCCUCCCCGCCAACCACCGGCCCAGGCCCACUGGUUAUGACAUCACAAUCCCUUUUCCAGGGCGAUAUUCCCACCACUCGCGAGGGCCUUCUGGAGCACAGCACGUGGAUGUCACAGGCAUUGCAUGGGGCACAGUGAGAAUUUAUUAGAAUUUAUUAACACUCCACAUACUGGACCCUCUUUCUGAGGAGUAAUCAGGAGUGUUCAGAAUGGAAACAGACAGCACUGUUCUAUGAUAUCCAGCACAAGUUCAAUUGCUUGCAGAGCAGUCUUUUUUUUUUUUUUUUUUUAUAUAUAUUUAUGAGGUUCAUCUUCUAAUUGCAUUAUGCCAGCCAAACAGACAACUGGUGGAAAGAACUUUUAAAAUGCAGAUAUCUGUAACAUAAUGCUGUUACAGCAUGCUACAUGCUAAUGAAUGAAGCAUAUGGAGUGAAGUGGGGGUGUUUAUAACCAUCUGGAGUGGGUUAAAUUAUAACGGUCUCCAAAUUGUGGCAAUUUAUAGGCCAUGAGAAAAACUAGUCUAAAUUGUUAAAGGAAGAAUGUUUUUAAAAGGGGUAUACAUUUUUCAUUCCAGGUUUUGCAGGCUAAAAUUGGAAUAAAUCUCAAACCGGACAGCAGAGAGAAAUUGUCCAGAUUCUGUAGUCAAAUCUCUAACACCAGCUGAUGACAAUAUUUGUGUGCAGUCUUGUGAGCUGCAUCAUCCUGUGUCUGAGUCCACCCCCAUUCUCCUGUGAGAAUGUUUUUUUUCUGUGGCAAUUAACACCUUUACUUACGUGAGUGAAAAGCUAACCUACUUUGCUGUGAUAUUCCAUUUUUCAGUGUGACAAUUACAAGUAUCACUGUAGCAAGAUGGUGAGAUUUGUGUUUCAAUUCAUACAUUUCAAGAAUUUAGUAUUUUUACUGGACAAUCCGUAUGACUUAAUUGGUUUACCAAAUACCUCAACUGGUACGCACAGCCCUUCCAUUUUGUCAUGUGCUUGAAGUCAGGUCUGUUACAGAUUGAUAGGAAAGUAGUAAAAAAUGUUUCUAUGUUUUUA